AUGCCCCAGGACCCGCGCCACCCAGAGCACCAGUAUCUUGACCUGGUGAAGCACAUACUGGAAAACGGCGCCAGAAGGAUGGACAGGACAGGCACGGGAACGCUGUCCGUCUUCGGAGCAACAAUGAGGUUUUCCCUCGAAGACAACACCUUCCCGCUGCUGACGACAAGGAGGGUCUUCUACAGAGGCGUUGUCGAGGAGCUCCUGUUCUUCCUGAGAGGCGAGACAGACUCGAAGGUCCUUGAGAAGAAAGGAGUCCGGAUCUGGGAAAAGAACGGGGCCAAGCAGUUCCUGCAGUCCGUGGGGAUAGACAGGGAGGAGGGCGACCUCGGCCCGAUAUACGGCUUCCAGUGGAGGCACUUCGGCGCCCGGUACGAGACAUCGGCCUCGAGCUACGAGGGCAAGGGGGUCGACCAGAUCGCGAGCGCCAUCGCAGCAAUCAGGGCCAACCCCGCCAGCAGGAGGAUUGUUGUGAGUGCAUGGAACCCCACAGACCUCGGGAGCAUGGCCCUUCCCCCGUGCCACGUGCUCUUCCAGUUCAACGUGACGGACGGGAAGCUCAGCUGUGCAAUGUACCAGAGGUCUGGAGACAUGGGCCUGGGCGUUCCCUUCAACAUUGCCUCGUACUCGCUGCUCACAAUACUCGUGGCGCAUCUGACAGGCCUGCAGCCCGGGGAGUUUGUUCACUUUCUGGGCGACGCCCACGUGUAUCUGGACCACGUCGACUCUCUUCGGCAGCAGAUCCAGAGACCCCCGAGAGCAUUUCCAAAGCUCUUUGUCAGCCCAAAGGGGCCGAGAACAGAGCCGGAGCACUUCCAGUACGAGGACUUCGAGCUUGUGGGAUACGACCCGCACCCUGCAAUCAAGAUGAACAUGAGUGCUUGA